CAAUCUAAAAUAAUGAAAUAUAACCAAGGCAAUAUAUUGUGGAUCAGCAUAAUAUGAGAAAUAUACAUCAAAAUACAUAGUACACGAGUGGUUAAGACGCAGACGACGACACUCCAACAUGGCAGCGUGUCGAGUUUUACUCUCACUCUCCUCUGCUGGGUUCACUCAAAAUCUGCAAACUUUUUGCUAUCGAUCGAGCACUCUUGCUAGCCUGACCAGAUCAAGGAUUACUCCAGCCCUCGUCCAGACUCGCAACUAUGCUGAAAAGAAGGUGUACCAGCGAGAUAAACCUCACUGCAACAUUGGCACAAUUGGACAUGUUGACCAUGGAAAAACGACAUUGACAGCAGCAAUUACUAAAGUUCUUUCAGAUAAAUCAUUGGCAGAAUUGAAGCGAUAUGAAGACAUUGACAAAGCUCCCCAAGAGAAAGCACGUGGAAUUACUAUUAAUUUAGCUCAUAUUGAAUACAAUACAGAAAACAGACACUAUGGUCAUACAGACUGCCCAGGACAUGCUGACUAUGUCAAAAACAUGAUCAUUGGCACCUCGCAAAUGGAUGGAGCAAUCUUGGUAGUGGCAGCCACAGAUGGAGUGAUGCCUCAGACCAGAGAACAUCUCAUUCUUUCCAAGCAAAUUGGCAUUGAACACAUUGUAGUCUUCAUAAAUAAGCUUGAUGCCGCUGAUGAGGAGAUGGUAGAGUUAGUGGAAAUGGAAGUCCGUGAACUGAUGACAGAAAUGGGUUAUGAUGGUGAUAGUGUUCCAGUUGUGAAGGGAUCUGCUCUGGCUGCCAUCGAAGGAAAUAAUGACAAAAUAGGUGUUAAGGCUAUUGAAGAGCUUAUGGAAAUAGUUGAUAAGCAUAUUCCAACUCCUCUGCGUGAUUUGGACAAACCAUUCUUGCUACCUGUGGAGAGUGUCUACUCCAUUGCUGGCCGUGGUACUGUUGUUAGUGGUCGACUGGAGCGCGGCAUGAUAAAGAAGGGUCUAGAGUGUGAGUUUCUUGGUUAUGGGAGGAAAUUAAAGAGCACCAUUACUGGUAUUGAGAUGUUUCAUCAGACCCUGGAAGAGGCUCAGGCUGGAGAUCAAAUGGGAGCUCUUGUACGUGGUCUCAAGCGAGAUGAUGUGGUAAAAGGCAUGAUCAUGGCAAAACCUGGAACAAUGAAAGCUCAUGACAAUGUUGAAGGACAAGUGUAUGUACUUAAGAAGGAUGAAGGAGGCAAAUCAAGAGCUUUCGCUUCAUACUGUCAGAUGCAAGUCUUUAGCAAAACCUGGCGUUGUUCUGCUCAAAUUGUUGUAGCCGAUAAAGAAAUGGUCAUGCCAGGAGAAGAUGCCAAGUUGAGUUUACAUCUGCUGAAACCAAUGGUUCUGGAGAAGGGUCAGCGAUUUACACUUCGGGAAGGAAGUAUAACAGUUGGUACUGGUGUUUUUACAAACAUCAACAAGGAUUUGACAGAAGAUGAGAGAACUGCAGUUCAAGAAGGUAAAAAGGGAAGAGAGAAGAAGCUUAAAGCCCAAAGGAAUUAAGCUCAAAAUCUGAAUUGUUCAUAAUUAUUGAAGUAUCCUAGACACCCAAGACUAUUCCACCUGAUGUGUACUUGGCUUCUUAUGAUGUAUUAGGCAAGUUGUUCAGUGAACAGUCAUGAACUAGUUAAACCUGUUUAUACUGGAAUACUGCAAUGUAUUUGUGAAAAUAUUUUAGGUCAUUGUUAACAUAUGAUUCUGGUAGUAAAGUAUUAUCAUAAUUGUUAAAAAUCAGUUAUCUACUUAUGUAUAAUUUCUUCAUUUACAAAUACAGGAAAGCCUUAGUGUAGAGUUACCAAGAGUUAUGUUUUGAGUAAUGAAAAUAUCCUAUCACGAAUGCAAUUCAAAUAGUUUGCAAUGCAUUUGUUUAUAUGUUUAAAGCAUGUGCUAUACACUGCUUGUUUGAAGACUUUUAUAGUAAAAUUCUACUCUUUGUACUAGCAUUGCAACAGAUUUUGGUGAACUGUAAAUGCUUUAUAAUUAUUUAAUGACAAUUUGCUGUAUAAGUUUAAUCUCAAGCAUGAGUCAAUAUAAUCUGUUGGUAACAGGUAUAAUUUUAGUUUAAAUUUUUUCCAUACAUAAAAUUUAUGGAAUAAAUAUGAAAAUUUAUAAAUGAUGCCACUGCUAAUAAUAGUUACAUUGAUGUGUUAUUAGAUUCAUUGAGCCUGUUUGUUCACGUAGUAAUUUUGUAAAUAAAUUUUUUUUUUUACACUA